AUGAUGCAGCCCAAAUCGGGUACUGCGGUACUGGCUAUGCCCACGGCUUCUGUGAUCAUCUCAACGGCGAUUCACGAGUUUAGGAAGGCUUUUGUUUAUUUCAGCUAUAAAAUGCCUCGCAAGAAACGGGCAAUGAGAAAAAUUGGCAACAGCUCCGCUGCAGACGUUAAAGCUGGGGUACUAUUAAUAAGGCAGGGUAUGUCUAUCAGAAAAGCAGCUACGAGUUGUGGUGUGCCAUUUACUACCCUGAAGAGGUAUUAUUGGAAAACUGCUGGUUCCGAAAAUCUCGAUGAGGAGCGAUUCGAGCCGAAUUAUUCUGUGAACCAGAUCUUUACCGCAUCCCAAGAAGAGAAGUUGAAGGAAUAUUUUUCGCAUUGCGCUCUUCUGUUUUACGGAUUAACUGCAAGAGAAUGUCGUCAAGUGGCGUAUCAAUGUGCUAAGCUAAAUAAUAUAAAGAUGCCUAAAUCUUGGACAGACAAUGAAAUGGCGGGUAAGGACUGGUUAACUUUGUUCAAACGUAGGAACAGGUUUUCUUCCAGGAGGCCAGAACCUUGUAGCCUAGCAAGAGCUACAGCCUUCAACCGAAACAACGUCAAUAAUUUUUACAAUAAUUUAGAAGAUCUGAUCAAGAGAAACUCGUCUUUUGCAAAUGGUACCCGUAUAUUUAAUCUGGAUGAAACAUCAACGACAACAGUGCAAAAGCCUCAAAAAGUAAUAGCACCAUUAGGCAGAAAAUGCAUUGGAAAAGUCACAAGUGGUGAGAGAGGAACUUUGGUAACCACAUGCUGCAUUGUAAGUGCCAGCGGCAACGCUUUGCCACCAGUUAUGAUAUUUCCUAGGAAAAAAUUUAAAGAUCAUAUGAUCAAAAACACACCUGCAGGAACACUCGGCUUAGCAACGCCUCGUGGAUGGAUGAACGCGGAUAGUUUCACAGAAGUAAUGAAACAUUUUAUCAAGCAUACGAACUCUUGCAAAGAAAAUCCUAGUAUGUUGGUAAUGGAUAACCACGAGUCACAUUUGAGCAUUGAAGCCAUACUGUUGGCAAAAGAUUGUGGAGUCAAUCUCCUCACUAUUCAUCCCCACACUUCGGGGAAAUUACAACCACUUGACGUGGGAGUAUUUAGCGCGUUCAAAGUAUAUUAUAAUGCUGGCAUCGAUUCCUGGCUUAUGACACAUCCUGGAAAGCCUGUUACCAUAUAUGACUUAGACGAGGACUUUCUGCCAAGUACAGUAACAGAUCGUCCAGGUCCCUGUUCAGACUGUUUGCCACGUGAAGAAGGGCUCAUAAACGUAAACAUCAAUUCAAUGAAUGUCAUCGAGUUGGGAGCACCGGAAGAGACCACUACUGCGCACUCAUCGGAGCAUUCUAUUUCACAGACUUGUGCAACAUCAGAAAAACCAUGCUCACCAACGUUGGGUACUUCGACGACACAACCAAGUCAAAUUGAAACCACUGUUGUGUCUAUCAACCAUCAAUCCAUUUCUAAAGAAGUGGAAACGAAGAACCUGUCCGAUGAAGAUUCAAUUUUGACAAAAACAAAAGUAUCCAAUACCAUUUCAGUUCCAUCAGGACUCCAGUCAUUAAAAAUAUUAGCUCCUGAAGUGCUCAUAUCAGCAAUUUCUUCGAACAAACUUCCACCCAAGCCAUAUAUAAUUACCCCGACACAAGACGUUGCUUUGACACCAUCCAUUUCUCAAUCAGCUGAGAAUACUUUUACAUCUCCGUUUGAGUUUAGAGACCCAAUAAAGGCUGGACCUAGAACAACUACCCGCAAGCGAAGGAAACCAGGCCGUAGCAUGAUUCUUACUGACACACCGGAAAAAGUUCGUCUAGAACAAGAAAAAAUAGCUGCUAAAAGUAAAAACACUAAUAAGAAGGGAAAAGUCACUCGAAAAGUAUUACAAAGUGAUGAAGAAGAUAAUGAUCAAGAGAAGGAAACAGUGGAAUAUGCUGAAUCUGAUGAUGAUACAGACUGGGCAGCAGAAGAUGAAGACGAAAACUCUGACGAAGUAUCAGUGAUUAUAACUGAAAGGCACCUAACCAAAUCUCUAACUCGUGCGCCACUAGAGGGCGAAUAUGUGAUUGUACAAUUUACAACAAAAAAACUUACAUCGCUUUACGUUGGAAAGGUGAUAGAAGGUAGAAAUGAGAAUAAUGAAUUCUACAUAUCAUUUCUGAGGCGUACGCCUGGUACUAGCAAAUUUCACAUGCCUGAUAAGCCUGACCUUUCUGUUAUAAAAGAAAGUGAUUUGAAAUUACUUCUGCCAAAGCCUUCAAUUGUUGGCACUUCUUCUAGGCCGUACUAUAAUUUUGGACUAGAUUAUCCCAACUUCGGAUAUGCUAAGAGGUAUAAGGGUUAUGGAGUUAUUAAUUUUUAUUUUUGA